AUGGAAAAUGAAGAAGAUAAAGAUAUGGUUAUGUUGCAUUUAGUCAGAAGAAACAACAAAAGCUUUUACGACCUUGCUAAGAUUUACAAAUCUGACAGAAAUUGGUUCUAUCGCGAAAACUUACCGAUUUCAAUGACCCCAAAUGAAGAUGUGAAACAAAUAGUUCAAGAUACGUUACCUCAAACACACUAUGAUAUGAAAGGUUGUACAAUACUUACCUUCAAAGAAGAUUUGCCAUUGUUAAAGGAAAAAAUAACAGAGUAUUUUGACAACUUCAAACAAGUAGAGUAA